AAAAGUUAAAGAAAAUUCUAACAAUCCUGUGCCAAAAAAUGACAACCUAAAAAUAAAAAAUAAAAUCAAGAAAAAAUAUUUCUCCACCAAAAAAUCUACAGGGGUUUCCCAUUACCCAACAAUUGUCAUCUCAUUGGAUAUAAACUUCCUAAUACCCACUUUUUCAAACCUAUUGGAAUAGCUAAAAAAAUCUUCAUUGAAUCCCAUUGGAAUUUAGACGUUUUUCAUCGCAUCAUCCCCACCAGAGACCAACCAGGAAUCGAAGUGAAGCAAGAAACCAAAACAUUAUAGAUUUCCUUGUUCAUUCCAAAAUCCAAAAUAGGAUAAUUGAAAGAUCCAUGACAAUGUCAUAAAAGAAACCGAAACUCUUGAUUUGCCGCUGUAAAGUCCCAAGUUAAAAGGGGAACCACUAAAGAAAGGUCUUUUCAAAAAGAGACUUUAAAGUUUCUUCACUCCAUUAACAAUAUCAACAUCUCACGGUGUACAUCAUGACCUUCUAUUGGUGGUCCCAUUGGUUCUGGAUAACAUUGAUUUGUAAUCUCUUUAUGCCCCACAUUAUGGUUGUACACUCCUAUCCAAGUUUGGAUGGUUCGCUGGAACGUAAUCAACAUGAGUCGGAAAAGAAAAUGGUUACCAAACUUUAUCAGGCCUCAACUACCCUGACCUGGUAUGCUGGUGAUUCCUCAACAAAUAGCCCCAUGGCCAGGAGCACCCCCUAUGAUAGGGAAAAGACCCGAUUACAAAGUGUUAGUGCCACAACAGUGCAACCUUUAAAUACCACACCUUUAAUGCACGAAACAGAGAUUACUGGAAACAGCAACGACAACAACAACAACAACAAAAAGCUUGCAGAUGGUUUCGAAGAUCCCUAUUACUAUUAUGAUGAAUAUGACAUUAAUGCCGAAGAGGCAGAUAAAAUCAAGCCCCUAAAACUGGAAGAUGUGGAGGAAGAACAGGAAGAGCAACAACAAAGUUUUUCGAAACAAGAGAAGCAAAGUGAUAUCAAAAGAUCGGCAGAGGAUUUAAGCCGAAAUGAUAUGGAGAACUUGAACACGGCAACCCUGUCAACUAUGGUGACCAGUACUCCCACAACCAACAAUGACAACAACAACACAUCCUCCCAUAUUACGCCCAGCAAUAACAAUUACACAAAUUUCACAGAUCCCCUGGCGACAGGUGGUUCCAACAACACAAUGUCACAACAACAACAAAACUUUUCAAAUCCCUCCUCCUCCCCCUCCUCGCUGACAUCAAAUAGCCUAAAAGCCAAUAUUUUAAUGGCCUCCGCCUCAAUUUUGGCAACAUCGAUAAAUUCCCUAUCGGUUCUAACAACCCAGAAUGUUACACAGCUGCCACCCGGAACACCCAAGAUAAGCCGGCCCACAGAUUGGCUAAGGAGCAUCGAUGAUGCUGUUGCUGCCGUAUCACCGCCACCGUUAAGUGUAACCACCACCGAUGUUAGCGAUGACAAAUUUCCCUUUACCCUGGAAAAUGUUCACAAAUCCGAGGAUUUGCGUCGCGAUGAAAACGAACCGCGACGCCGACAAUCGAAGGGCCUGUCGGCCGAUUAUAAGCCGCCCGGUUAUAUAAAUUAUUCACCAGAAUCGAAAAAUCUGCUGACCCGUUCGGCAUCAACCACUGUCAAUGAUUAUGACAGUGAGGAGAGUAAUAUCUCGUCGGAAGCGUUGUCGGUGCAGCGCGCCUAUUUUAUGGAUGUCGGUGCAAUAUCAGCAAUCUGUUUUACAGUAUUCGGUAUCUGCUGUACAGUGGGUACCAUAGGCAUAGUUUUAUAUCGUCGUCGAUUCUUAAAUAAGCCACAGGCAUUAAGUGAGCCGGACUCCAGUGUUUAUAUCGACGAUAGCACGAUGCGUGUUAGUGAUAAUUCCGAUGAAAUGUAUAGCUUGGAUAAUGAUUCGUUUUUGAAUUCAUUGGAGGCCAUGACAAUACAGAACUACUGGACCGAUACUGUUAAACAUACAAAGCUUUAAUUACCAACCAACCAACCAACCAAUUAACACCUUAAGACACCCUUCCCCCACUUAACUGUUUGUUUCCUUAGUAUUAGAGAAGAGACAUUCUAUAAUUUUGUAAAAUUUAAGUUUAACUGUUUUCUCUUGAAAUUAUUGACAAAAAAAAACCCUAUAGAUUAGGAUACUUAUUAAUUUGUAGUGAUACUAACUAACACAAUAAAAUAAAACUACACCAUACAACACUCACACACCCACACGACACUCUGACACUCACUCACACACACACACACAAUCACACUUAACAAAUUAACAUAAUCAUAGUUGAAAUAUUUCUCAUUAAUUUAUUUCUUAUUAACAGAAAAAAAUGUUUUUAAUAAGAAAAUUAUUAUUAUUACUAUUAUUAUGAAAUAAGUUACAAAUUAUAGAAAGAAAAAACAACAACAAUUUUUGAAUCAUUCCUUCCAUAAAACAAUUUGAAAGGCAUUAUAUAAAAUAAAAAAUUUAACAAUUAAUAAAGAUUUAAGAAAUCACUGUAAGAACAAAAAAAAUGCAAAGAAAAAGUUAUUAAUUAAUAAAGAAAAUCGAAUUGAAAUAAAACAAA